UUAACCGAAAUAGACCCUCGAUGGGUAGUCUUCUUAAUCAGCUGUUCCGAGUUCCUGCUCUCCGGAAACGCAAAGAAAAUCUAUUCGGAAGCAGAGUGGCGGGCGGGCCGAAAGGUGAUGGAAGAAGACGAACGGAAAGAGAAAGAAAAAGAAAAACAGCGAAUCUGGAGUUGGGGUGCCGGAACCGACGGCCAGUUGGGCACCGGCAGCCUCCAAGACCAUACCCUCCCGCAACUCCUCCACCUUCCGUCCGUCGCGUCCCCCAUCUCCUCCCUUGCCUGCGGCGGCGCUCACGUCAUGGCCUUAACUUCCGGAGGGAAGGUCCUGACAUGGGGUAGGGGAAGUUCUGGGCAGCUAGGCCUAGGAGAGGUUGUUAGUUAUGCCUUGAAUCCCAAGCCUGUGACAUCCUUGGACGACUACUUCAUAACCCGUGUCUCUGCUGGUUGGAGCCACUCUGCUUUUGUUUCAGAUAGUGGGUGUCUAUUCACUUGUGGGGACGGCUCAUUUGGUCAGCUUGGACAUGGUGAUCACACCUCUCACUGCUCGCCUGUUAGAGUGACUUGCUUUGUUGAUCACUUUAUUGCCCAAAUAGCUUGUGGCAUGCGCCAUUCCAUUGUCUUGCUCAAAGGUAGCUCGACGAAUCAAGUUUAUGGAUUUGGAUCAGGCAAGCGUGGUCAAUUGGGUAUCUCAAAAGAUAAGAUCAAAUCCAUCGGUGUACCUGAAGUUAUUAGUGAACUUGAAGAUAAGGAAAUUGUUGAGGUUGCUGCAAACGGAGAUCAUAGUGCUGCAAUAUCUUUUGGCGGCCAUCUUUACAUGUGGGGAAGAGGAUUCAAAGGUGUUGCGGAUGCUCACUCUCCUCAACGCAUAAAUUCUUCUCUGAGAUUUGCCAAAGCUGCUCUUGGAUGGAACCACGCUUUAGCUUUAACUGGUGAGGGGGAAGGUUUCAUGCUUGGCGGUAACCACCUUGGAGUGCUUACAGAUCCUCAGAGUUUGGACUCAGCAAAGCAAUUACCUGUAAAUAUAAAAGAAGGCAAUCUGGAAAAGGUCCCAGGUCUCAAUGGAGUGAAGAUUGUUGAUGUAGCUGCUGGAGCAGAACACUCUGCCCUAGUCACUGAGAACAGAGAAAUAAAGACUUGGGGUUGGGGCGAGCAUGGGCAACUUGGCUUGGGUGAUUCGUGUGACCAAACAAGUCCACUCACGGUGAGUCUGGGCUGUGAAUUGGAUGAAGCAGAAUCAAUCAGAGUUUUCUGUGGGAGUGGCUUCACCUAUGCUUUAACCAUGCCCUAUAAUACUUCACUACAGUGAGAUGCUAAUUUAAUGUGAACGUCUCUGUAAAGAAAUUUUAAUCCAUUAGCUUGGUUUUUAGUCCUAAAACACAAAUGGCAGUUCCAAGAUUUACCCACUUCGGUGCAACUGAUAUUUUAGGAUCAGGCUGACACGCUCCCUUGCGCCAAAAGAAAAUUUAGUGAGUCAACUUGGAUUUUUCUUCUUGUUUUUCCCUCUGUGAGAAUGGACAAACCAUCCAAAAUUUUGUUACUGUUGAUUAAUCAAUAUUUGAGCCAGAGUCAGCCCUAAUUAAAAGGAAAUUUUCUAACGUGAA